AUGUCACUAUUAUUCAACUUUAAGACCUUUGUAUUUGGUUUGUUUGUCUACUACACCACAUACUUGCACUACUACAAAUGUCCAUCAUUAACCCCCAUUGUUGAAUUGGAAAACAAGAUUUUACAUCCAUUAUCCAACCAGCACUCAAUCCUUUGUGAAUUGGUCAAUGGUGGCAUUGAAAAAGCUGAACCUUAUGUGAAACAAGCCCACACCUUUUUGGAUAACAAUGUUCAUUCUCAUCCAUUAUUUAUUGAAUACAAGAUUGAAGAAUACAUCCAAUGUGCUCACAAUAGAUUCUCCACUUAUAUUUACCCAUUGGUUCACCAAUUGUAUGAGUUUACUGACGUUGCUGAAACUCGUGUUUAUGAUGAAGUUACUGCUUAUUACAAGCAAGCUGAAGAAUUUGUUCAUGGUAAAUUGAAACAAGAUUAG